AUGUCAUGUCACUCGGGAAGAUGGAAUGACGGUACGCGCGUGAAACCCGUACCGGUGGGAGAGGCACCAAUUCAUGCUUACAGCUCUGGAGCAGCCACCUUCUUCUCGAUCAAGGGACCUGAAAGGGUGGCAGUCAACAGUCGACAUAUAAAUUACUACUGGUGGCAGUUGACUUACGCUAUUCACACAAACGACAGGCCUAGAGUGGUCGUGACAGUGACUGGGGCUAUCUCCACCGACACCCAGGCUGUACAUACCCACAUCGCCGGCGGGGUAGAAUUACUAACUAGUCUCGUAAACCAGCCUCGAUUCUUUUGGAGACCCCAGACGACAGGAGCGGAUUUGCCCACGCGUUCAGCUUGGUUCAAGCUCAUAUGUGAUCACAACAUUUUCUGGCUUCGUUCUAUUGGCCAUCGGGAUUUAGGGAAGCAUUUGGAUGUUUCUCGUCAAAACCCCGCUAUCGGAGGCUCCACGUCCACGGAAAACGACAUUUGA